AUGUGCACCCUUGUCAUUGACGAUGGAGAUAUCUGCAUGGACAGGUCACCGUGCACCUGUGCACGUCAUCAGUGUCGCUCGGGGCACUCUAUUAAACAUUCGAGUCACGCCCAACUAAAUGACCAACUUGAUGGCCUAUUCUGGCAUCUAGGUCAAGUCACGCCGCCCACGGAUAAGGCUCGCGAUUUUGAUCACACUUCUUUGGGACCGCUGGGUGCUUUUGAUAUACACUUCGGCAAGGAUCCGGGGCCUUUUCCGGUGCUGCUUCCCAGCAGUGACGAUGAUCAUGAUCGGCUUUCAACAAUAUCCCAAUGUACGGGACCUACCGAUCCGCUAAACCUACCCGCGGGGUUCGCUGCAAACAACAGUCUAUUCGGAGAGCCACCAUUCGAGGCUCCUGAUGUUCACUUGAACGUUGAUCUUAGUUCUACUGCUUAUCUGCAUUCUCUCCUUGCAAGCCCGCCCCUCGAAUCUAGUGCAGAAUCUGGUCCCGAUACGAACUCUGAUAUUUGCAUGGACUAUGCCCUUGGUUCUGAUAAUUCUGAUGAGCUGACGUUGGAUUACUCUACGCUUCCGAAUCGUCUGCCCGCCCGCAACCAUAGCCACUCUUCGUCUCUCUCUACGCUGCCUUUUGGCUCCGAGGGCUCACUAACAACCCCUGUUCUAACGCCACCACCCCCUACAACCAUGACAUCUUCUUGUCUCGCUGAAUGCCGCCCUCCUUGCAUUAUUACUGCGACCCAAAGUCUCCGCUUACUCCACAUUCGCGAGAACAGUUGCCUUUCUCUUAGAAAUCGUCGCAGCAGCCAGGGUGCCAGUGGUCCCGAACCAGCACGCAUGUCGGGGUCUGUCCUCAAAGACAACAAAGAUGCCGGCAUGUCAGUUUGCCGCAUGCUACAAUGCGGAUGCGCUCUUCGUCCUCAGAAUCAGGUUCUGUUAGCACUUCUCUGCUCUCGGCUCGCGGUGUGGUAUCGAGCGACGAUCCGCGCGUGCAUUUCCCGACGGCCUAGCAGCUCCCCUGGCGGCGAGGAUCACUUCGAUGACCACAAAUCUUCGCCAGAGAAAGUGAUAUAUCAGGCUGUCACUAUUGGAGAUCACACAGUCGACAAUUUUGCCUUGGAUUGGGAUAUCCAGGCCCAAGUGAUACUCAAGGAGCUCGGACACCUGCAGCGUCUGGUCAAUACCCUUUCGGCUUGUAUCAAGCGGACUAGUACGUCACAUUCAAUGGGGCCAGGUGCCAAUGCCAAUGCCCCCUAUACUGGAUUGCCAGCAAUCGCACAUGACCGACUAGUGGCACAUCUGUCGAAGGAGGUCGAAGCGGCUCAGAAUGAUUUAACUACGGCUUGGCGUGAACACCAGAAACUUCAAAGAUAA